AAAUGAAGUCACAUUCCACUGGCAUUGCUGAAUUGCUUUGGCAGAGAUUGCAUUUGCGGGACUUUGUAACUAUAAAUCAAAGGGAAAUGUGGAUGUUUGCAGUCCCAUCUCCUUGAAGAUGGUGGUGAUAGAAAUUUCUUGAAGCUGCUUGUUGGGGCAGUUGAAAGGGACAGGGACUACUGCUGUUAUUUGUGUCAGUAAGAAAAGUAGAAAGCAACAGCAAAAGGAUGUGGCAGGGCUUUGGAUACCUAUACAUACGGUUUUAGAUGUUCUGUGGCGAAUACAGAAUCAGACUGGCUUCCCUUUGCUCAAAAAACACUGAUGGAAAGUGAAUACAUGAUAAGCUUCAAGAGAUAUUCAAUGCAUGGACCUGGACUGAACUCUGAGCACAUCAAUAAUCAUGAGCGGUACUAAGCCUGAUAUAUUGUGGGCACCUCACCAGGUUGACAGAUUUGUGGUCUGUGAUUCAGAACUGAGCCUUUAUCAUGUGGAAUCUACUGUGAAUUCAGAGCUUAAAGCUGGAUCUUUACGUUUAUCUGAAGAUUCUGCAGCUACAUUACUAUCAAUAAAUUCAGAAACACCAUAUAUGAAAUGUGUUGCCUGGUAUCUCAACUAUGAUCCUGAAUGUCUCCUAGCAGUUGGACAAGCAAAUGGUCGAGUUGUUCUUACAAGUCUUGGUCAAGAUCAUAACUCAAAAUUCAAAGAUUUGAUAGGAAAAGAGUUUGUUCCAAAGCAUGCACGACAAUGCAAUACUCUUGCAUGGAAUCCUUUGGAUAAUAACUGGCUUGCUGCUGGUCUUGAUAAACAUAGGGCUGACUUUUCAGUGCUAAUUUGGGAUAUAUGUAGCAAAUAUACUCCUGAUAUAGUUCCCAUGGAAAAAGUGAGACUUUCAGCAGGUGAAACUGAAACAACGUUAUUAGUAACAAAACCCCUUUAUGAAUUAGGACAAAAUGAUGCUUGUCUAUCUCUUUGUUGGCUUCCACGAGAUCAAAAGCUUCUCCUUGCUGGUAUGCAUCGUAACCUAGCUAUAUUUGAUCUUCGGAAUACAAGCCAAAAGAUGUUUGUAAAUACAAAAGCUGUUCAGGGGGUAACAGUAGACCCGUACUUCCAUGAUCGUGUUGCUUCCUUCUAUGAAGGCCAGGUUGCAAUAUGGGACCUUAGGAAAUUUGAGAAGCCGGUUUUGACUUUAACUGAGCAACCAAAACCGUUAACAAAAGUAGCAUGGUGUCCAACCAGGACUGGUCUCCUUGCUACUUUAACAAGGGAUAGUAAUAUUAUUAGAUUAUAUGAUAUGCAACACACACCCACUCCCAUUGGGGAUGAAACUGAACCCACAAUAAUUGAAAGAAGUGUACAACCUUGUGACAACUAUAUUGCUUCCUUUGCCUGGCAUCCAACAAGUCAAAACCGAAUGAUUGUUGUAACUCCCAAUCGAACAAUGUCUGACUUCACUGUUUUUGAAAGGAUAUCUCUUGCCUGGAGUCCAGUUACAUCUUUAAUGUGGGCUUGUGGUCGUCACUUGUAUGAAUGUACAGAAGAAGAAAAUGAUAAUUCUUUAGAAAAAGAUAUAGCUACAAAGAUGCGCCUUCGAGCUUUAUCAAGGUAUGGGCUUGAUACGGAACAGGUGUGGAGAAAUCACAUUUUAGCUGGAAAUGAAGAUCCACAGCUCAAGUCACUCUGGUAUACUCUACACUUUAUGAAGCAAUAUACAGAAGAUAUGGAUCAGAAAUCUCCAGGCAAUAAAGGAUCAUUGGUUUAUACAGGAAUUAAAUCAAUUGUGAAAUCAUCCUUGGGAAUGGUGGAAAGCAGCAGACAUAACUGGAAUGGACUAGAUAAGCAAUCUGAUAUUCAAAAUUUAAAUGAAGAAAGAAUUUUAGCUUUACAGCUUUGUGGAUGGAUACAGAAAGGAACAGAUAUGGAUGUGGGGCCAUUUUUGAACUCCCUUGUACAAGAAGGAGAAUGGGAGAGAGCCGCAGCUGUGGCAUUAUUCAACUUGGAUAUUCGACGAGCAAUUCAAAUCCUGAAUGAAGGAGCCUCUUCAGAAAAAGGUGAUCUGAAUCUCAAUGUGGUAGCUAUGGCUUUGUCAGGUCAUACAAAUGAGAAAAACUCCCUCUGGAGAGAAAUGUGCAGUACUCUACGGCUGCAGUUAAAUAAUCCAUAUCUAUGUGUCAUGUUUGCAUUUCUGACAAGUGAAGCAGGAUCUUAUGAUGGAGUUUUGUAUGAAAACAAAGUUGCAGUACGUGACAGAGUUGCAUUCGCUUGUAAAUUUCUUAGUGAUAGUCAGUUAAAUAGAUACAUUGAAAAAUUGACCAAUGAAAUGAAGGAAGCUGGAAAUUUGGAAGGAAUACUGCUUACUGGCCUUACUAAAGAUGGAGUGGACUUAAUGGAGAGUUAUGUUGACAGAACUGGAGAUGUCCAAACAGCAAGUUAUUGUAUGUUACAGGGUUCUCCUUUAGAUGUUCUUAAAGAUGAAAGAGUUCAGUACUGGAUUGAGAAUUACAGAAAUUUAUUGGAUGCCUGGAGGUUUUGGCACAAACGGGCUGAAUUUGAUAUUCACAGGAGUAAAUUGGAUCCUAGUUCCAAGCCAUUAGCACAGGUGUUUGUGAGUUGCAAUUUCUGUGGCAAGUCUAUCUCUUACAGCUGUUCAACUGUGCCUCACCAGGGCAGAGGUUUUAGUCAGUAUGGUGUCAGUGGCUCACCAACAAAAUCUAAAGUCACAAGUUGCCCUGGCUGCCGAAAACCCCUUCCUCGAUGUGCACUUUGCCUCAUUAAUAUGGGAACGCCUGUUUCUAGCUGUCCUGGAGGAUCCAAAUCUGAUGAAAAAGUUGAUUUGAGCAAGGACAAAAAACUAGCUCAGUUUAACAACUGGUUUACAUGGUGUCACAACUGCAGGCAUGGUGGACAUGCGGGACAUAUGCUUAGUUGGUUCAGGGACCAUGCAGAGUGUCCUGUAUCUGCAUGCACUUGUAAAUGUAUGCAGUUGGAUACAACAGGGAAUCUGGUACCUGCUGAGACUGUCUAGCCAUAAUAUGUUGUCACCUAGUCUUCAAGUGUGGAGUUUUCUAAUAAAUGUCCUUCAUAGCUCCAAAGAGAGAGUGAGAGAGAGAGAGCUAGAAGGAAAGAAAAGACAAAGGAAAACAUACCUCAUAAUAAGCCACUAUUGACUUUCCUGUAAUAGGAAAAUAAAUCAUUCUAUCAAAUCAGCAAUUUGAUGUUUGAGUGAUUUUGAUAUGCUUCAUAGAGACUUGAUGUUGAAAUGAACAUCAGAGUGUAGGCAUGAAAUUUUAUUCAGUAGGUUGAAAAAAUUGAUUUUUCAAAACCUUUCUAGGAUUUUUUUUUUAUGGACACUUUACAAUCAGAGUUUCUAUAAUAACCAAGAACAAACCUUAAACCCAUAUCUUCCAAGCUAAAAUUUGGAAUCUUUGAAUAAAAUCUGUAUAAUUUUUAAAAUAAAAUAACCAGUUCAAAGAUUCAGAUGCUAAUCUCUCCAUGCUUAGAUUCCUUUUGAUGAAGUUUCAACUAUAAAUUUUUACUUGGGAGUUGGGCGGUGGCGCAGCGGGUUAAGCGCACGUGGCGCAAAUCGCCAGGACCUGCGUAAGGAUCCCAGUUUGAGCCCCCGGCUCCCCACCUGCAGGGGAGUCGCUUCACAAGCGGUGAAGCAGGUCUGCAGGUGUCUGUCUUUCUCUCCUCCUCUCUGUCUUCCCCUCCUCUCUCCAUUUCUCUCUGUCCUAUCCAACAACGACGACAUUAAUAACCAUAACAAUGUUAAACAACAAGGGCAACAAAAAGGAAAAUAAAUAAAUAAAAAUUUUUACUUUGAGGAUUGAAAAGCCUUCACCACACACUGGAACAUAAAUUUUAUCAGAGUAUGAUUUUUAUAUAUUUUAAGGAGACUUUUCCAUCAUGUGUUACCAUAUAGAGUGAGAAGUCUUUUGGCACAAACCAUUAUUGUCUUCCAAGGAAAGCCAAGAUUGAGACUGUAUCUUUUACUUUAAAAAAAAAAAAUGCACCAUGUUAAGGGGCAGGUUAUAUAAUUUUAUUUUUAAUGUGAUUUGUUGUCAGGGAUUUUCUCCCUAUUAAACCAUCAUCUUAUGCUCACUUUCUAGAAAUAUUUUACUAAAUACAGUCUAUGCAAGAGUGUAUGUGACCGACCAUUCAGCAUAAUCUCUCAUUACAUCCUGAAGUCAAAUUCCCUUUUAUGUUGAAAUCUCUUAUUCUUUCCAAGAUAGACUUAGAGAUGUUGGAGAAGACAGGAUCAUUUUGGAGAAAAUUUUACUUCAAAUAUAAGUUUCUGGACAAGUAUACUUAAGACAAUUCAGGGCCUUUAUUUUUGUUAGCCUCCAACCUUUUCAUAUCUAUUAAUAGAUAGUUGGAAGAGAAAUUUUAAAAGAUUGGUAGUACACUUCUCUAGCAUUUGACUCAUGAAGAGUAGUGAGCUUCAUUUCACAGUCAAAGUUAAUAUUCAUUGAUUAAAAAUUAAGCCUAAAAUUUAUUUUUCAGAUUUUAGAAAAAGAAAUACUUUAAACUGAGGAAUUUUAAGAGUUUUGUUGUUCAUAUUUUUUACCUGAUAUAACUGAAGUUUGAGUUGUGACUUCAAUGCUGAAAAAAAAAUGUAUAUUAAAUUUAUUUUUAACUUUGAAAUCCUUUUCUCAAAUGUUCUUUCCUGGGAAAAUACUACAUUAUCUACUCUAAAUAGCUCACCUACAUGACAAUACUUUUUUUUUAAUGAAAGAAGUGGGGAUAGUAUUUUUUUAAUACAAAUUGCUAAAGGAACUUUAAAAACCUUUUUAAAUGUAAAGCUUCCUGAUUUCAAUCUCCUAAAAUGUUACCUUUGGUACUACUGAUUUGAAUGUUCCUUUCAAAUUUACUAUGCUGUAAAUGUAAAAUGUGAGCAUUAAGAGAUGUUAAAUUAUCAUAUACAUUUUCAUUUUUUUUUAUCUAAAGUAAAAUAAAAUUAUUGAAUCUAUAUUUAGAGUUAUAUCUAAGAAAUUUUUUUGAAAUGCAGUAGAAGGAAACAGGUGUAAAAUUUACGUAAAUAAAUUCUUUAUAAUCAUAUAGAGGACAUGUUCAGGAUUGUUUAUGCUUAUGUGUCAGCCUCCUAGAAUUUUCUGUGAAAUCUGGAUUUCUAUAUGUGUAUUAUGUUUGCCUUUUAGUGUAUGUGGGUCAUGAACAAGAUUUCCUGUUUACUACUAGAUCACUGAUAUUUGGGCUUACGAACUUACGUAAACAUAUUCAGUAGUACUGUUUAAUAAAAGUGUUUUUUAUUGAUACUAUUUUUUAAUAAAUCUCAGGUGAAGUCAA